GUAAAUUAUGUUUCCUUACACACGUGUACAACAUGCAUCCUUCCCCCAGAGAAAGACCACGCAUGUGGACUUGUGUGUACCUCAACAAGUGAUUAUUUGGGAGGUUAAUUUCAGCUGCCUGAAACAGCAGAAUCCUCCAUAAUAAAAUAAAUAUAUAUAUAUAAAGAGAGAGAGAGAGAAACCAGUAGCCUGGGAGCCACUCUGCUUUUGUUCUCAUGUUUGCUGUGACAAUGAAUGUGUCAAGGAGCUGGGAAUGCACACAACGGAUCUGAGACCAGGCUACUCAGUAAAUUGUUCCUGGCUCCUUUCUGUUUCAGGGCCAUGGAGAGAUGUCAAACACCUACAAAUCCUUGCCCUCCUGAGGAGAAUGACAUUGUGUACCUUUGUCUGGCAGAAAAAUACAAUCAGUAACCGUUCAUGUUGCAUCUAAUGGACGUAAUCAAAUUAACAGGCUCUGGGAAUAUGUAUUAACUUGAAGUAGAGAGCUAUUUCUGUAUUCAAUGACGCCUAUUUACGGAGCCUUAAGCAACCCUGUAAAAAUGAAAGGUUGUGUUGUGAGCCACAUGCCAUAACACACCGAUACCAUCGGUAAUUUCCGUAACUCCUCCCACCCUUUCCGACGACGUUGUCGGGGUAACUAGAAGGACAGCAGAGCAAAACCACAGUACUGGAAUUUCCUUUUGCUAUUUAUGUUGUCACGACUAUUUACCUAUUUUUGGAAGGCACCUAUAAUAAAUAUUUUCAUGUAACUUCUCUAUUCUUUUGAACUCUGACAGUUUAAUGCUAACGUUAGCUAACCAUAGCAUGCUAUUUUUGCAACAGGCCCCAAUGGCAAUGGAUUAAGUUAGCUAGCUAGCUGGCUAACGUUAGCUUGCAGCCAAUGCUGAUUUAGUUACCAUAGCGAAGUUACUUAGCUAGCCUGUCUUUUGCGAUUAGUUGUGUCCAGUAAUCCACAUAACGCUCACAAAUAACCAGAGGACCAUUUUGAACAGCCAGGUCUGUUUGUGUUAGCUAAGUUAACGUCGCUAGCUAGCUACAGUUGUCAGGAACAUCAUUCCAGCAGUUUAUAGCUAACUUGCUUAGCAGCAGCAGUAGUAGCUAUUAUGUUGCUUGGUUAUCUGAUCAAGUCACUUGAUGCAACACAUAAGUGACAUGCUACUUACUCUCUGUUGUUAUCAUCCAUGCAUAGUCAAUUUAAUAACUACCCACGUGUACAUCAACUAACUGGUGCCCCCUUACAUUGACUCUGUACCGGUACCCCCCCUGUAUAUAGUCUCGCUAUUGUUAUUUGCUGCUGCUCAUGAAUUACUUGUUAAUUUAUUUCUUAUUUUUAUCUGUAAUUUUUGUAUUAUUAUUUAGAUAUUUUUUUUAUAGUGUUUAUAUAUAUUUUUAAACUACGUUGUUGGUUAGGGGUUCAUAAGUAAGCAUUUCACUGUUGUAUUCAGCGCAUGUGACUAAUACAAUUUGAUUUAAUUUGAAUAACAUUUGAAAGACCUUAGCUAUUUUGCCAUCUCCUGUGAUUAUUGUUUGGCAAGACCGCAUAAACAGAUCUGGGAUUCAGGUUAGGGUCAGAGUGACAAUGUAUACUUUGGAAACCAUUCUACUAAGCUCCUGUCCCAGUGUAUGAUGCUGACUGGUUGUGGUUGGUCCCAGAGAUGUGGCGAUGCGGGCGGCAGUGGGUGGGGACGAGAGUGCCCUGGACAUGUUCAACUGGAGGAAGGCUGGGAAGUUAGAAAACUAUUAGUGUUUUUACCUGCGUUGUUCCCUUACGUGUGUGUGUGUGUUUGAAUGUGUACGUGCAUGCAUGUCUGAGAUAUUCCCCUGAAACAAGCCCUCAACAGUUAGUGUGUGUUUAGGUUUGGUGCGCUGCCUGGUGUAAUGAAGCUAAAUUAAAGCAGCACUGUCACUGCAUGCCUUGGUGAGUGUGUAUUGACUCUGUGACUCCGUGUCCUGUCGUGGAAAUACUAAUUAAUAAUGAUUAGAGACAAGGUCAAUCACCAAUCAGGAUUUUUCUUUUUUCAAAACGUAUUAAUAACAUUGAUUAAUUAUUGCAAUAAUGAAGCUGGUCGACGAACCACCCCUAGAUGAUUAGUUGAGAGCCCAACGAGCAGAUUUGAGCCACAGCAUUUUAUAGCAAAGUAUAUCUUCCUGAAUGUUCAUGACAAACAACAGAUGUAUGGAAUGGGUCACAAGGUUAAGAUUUUUAUGAAAGAUACUAAUAAUUCACAGCAGACAGUAUCUGCUGUAAAGACUUUUCUCAUUGUGUAGAAACCAGGGUCUGGCCGCCAAAACAAGGUUCCUUUCAUUAUCCAUACCCAAGCCAUCUCUCCCUGGUACAUUCCAGUCAAACCGGAGCAACGUCCCUCACAUGAAUGGAAUGUGACUUGUUAGGUUUAUCACCCAAGGUAUCGUAAAUCUACUGUCAGCAUUAAGCCCCAGAUGCCCACUCUCCGUUCACACAGACAUAAUAUAGUUCUAAUAAUCCCCUAUUCUGUUGCAUAAAGCAACCAUUUGAUGCAAUGACAGUAUUAUAACAAUCUUGUAAUUUCCAGAAAAGGUACACUGUGUGAAUGAGUGUGGCAGGAGUAGCCCAGUGCUCAGUGUGGACGGCUCCACCCAGAAGCUCUUCUAUCUGAAGAGGAGAGACGUCCUAGAAAUCAUGAAAACCCUUUUGAUGUCGCAGUACACUCUGGGACCUGAGGGGGGAGCCCCGGAGCUCAUGAAGGUGAAGCUGAGCGGAAAGAGUGGCCGAAGCGCAGAUAUCGUUUCAACAGAGCUACAGGGGAACAGGUCAUCAGAAUAGGAGAACACGGCGACGAUGUGUGUGAAGAACCGCCAUCUGGAUGUGGCCCGGGUGUGUCUGGAGAACAUGGAUAAUGCCAGGGCAGUGUGGGCACUACGGGAGGCCGAGACCGAGCCUAAACUGGAGGCUGGCAGUGGCGGUACUGGCCCUGCAGCUGGACAUGCUGGAGGAUGCAGAGAAGCUGUAUAAGAUCCGUGGGCGCUUCAACCUCCUGAACAAGUUCUACCAGGCAUCAGGCCAGUGGAAGCAGGCGGUGGAGACCGCAGAGACCCAUGAUCACAUCCACCUCAGGACCACCUACUAAAGCUAUGCCAAAUACCUGGAGGCCAUCGGACACAAGAGCAUGGCCCUCGUAUUGUAAUGAGCCAGCUUAGCACUGAUGCUAUGACUGUUAACAUUUGAUAAGUUAGCAUUUAAUUUGACUAUGUUAGCAUUUGAUACAUGCAGCAAAUCAGUACUGGUCUACAGUGCAUUAGCAUUUUCACUUGAACCUUGUUCUUUUGUAUACAAAAUAUAUGAAAUGCAUGGUUAUCUGAAUGCAUAUUUACUUAUUACUUAUUUGUACAGUAUGGGUAGAUUUAUCAAGGCAACAAACUAUCAUUAUAGUAGAUACAGGGUUGGGUAGGUUACUUUCUAAAUGUAAUCUGUUAGUUACUCAGUUACCUGGCCAAAAUUGUAAUCAGGAAUGUAACUAUUGGAUUACCCAAACUCAAUAACGUAAUCUGAUUACUUUGUUACUUUUGAAAUACUUUUCCCUUAACUUAACUUCCCUUAACUACAGAAUCGGCGUUCCGAAAUCAGGACAGUUGCUGCUCAAUAUGCUAUAUGUGACUCGAAUGGCGUUGUAAACAACAGCCAACUUUCCCGGGACAUGGACAUGUCUUAUAUCAUCAGAAAACUUAAAUGAUUGUUAAUCUAACUGCAUUGUCCAAUUAACAGUAGCUAUUACAGCGAAAAAUACCAUGCUAUUGUUUGAGGAUAGUGCACAACAACAAAACACUUAUCAAGGCAACUGGUUUGAUAAAUUCACCUCUGACGGUAAAAUAAUGUACUUACAUUCUGUAAUCUUGCUCUGAUUUGUCAUCCUGAUGGUCCCAGAAAUCAAAUGUAGCAUAGUUUUGUUUGAUAAAAUAUAUUUUUAGAUCCAUGUUCCAUGUUUUAUACAGCUUUUUGCAUGAAUUCCGACUCUUUCAACAAAACAAUUUUAAAAAUCUAAUCGGCAAAACGUUGUUUAACCCGGUCAAGUUCGGUUUUUGUGCAAUCAGACACUCUAAAAAGCAAACCAAACUUGUUUCAUUAUUUUACAUUACGUAUUAGCUACACAACACGUCAAUUAGGUCAGCUAUCAUUACGCACUAAUGAGACGAGUGUUCACUUGAUUGACAGUGUAUUGGUCCAAUGAUCACCUAUCGUUUUGGAACAUAGCUAGCUAGAUAGCCAAUGAGCUGGGCUUUCCAGCAGUAUGUGAACGCCCUUUGUACGACAAACAGCCAUCAUGUUAGAGUUGAAUGUAAGUACAUUAUUUACCUAAAUCAUUUCACUACACUCACAAUAACAUCACCUAGCAUGUGUAUGUGACCAAUAAAAUAUGUUUUGAUUUGA